AUGCUUGAGGCUUGCCGCACCUCUCCUCGGUGCAAAAUAUAUCUCCCCUCAGUAUGGGCGGGCAACUACGAAGAGGUUCCCGAUCAGCCCCUUUACGUCGGCGAUGACCUCAGCAUCAUUCUCAACAAGCUUCGGGGCCAAGAUGAGGUCAAGUGGACAUUCUUCUGCCAAGGAUGGAUGUCUGACUAUCUCCUCCCCACUUCGCAGCGACACUUUGCCGAUUACGGCGAUCGAUGGGUUCAGAACUAUGAGAAAAAGGAAUUCACCCUAUACGGCAACGGAUCUCAGAAGGUCGACUUCACUUCGGCUAAAGAUGCAACUCGCGCCGUAGCUGUUCUCCUCGGUCAUGAUCCGUCCACCUGGGAGAACUUCACCUGUGUUUCUGGUCAGCAAAUGACCUGGCUCGAGCUUUCAGAACUUGUGAAGCUCAUGUUUCCCGAAUAUAAAGUUGUCAAGAAGUCGCUCGCCCAGAGCAUCAAGCAGUUAGUGGCGAAGGAAAGCGACGCAAGCGUUGCGGUGGCCGUCUAUGAGAUCAUGGGUCACAGCGAAGCACUGGCGUUUUCUCCUGCCAAGAUCGCUGAGCAUAGGGAAAGGUAUUUCAAAGGUCUGAAGUUCAGAACAGUGGAGGAACUCUUGGAUGAAGCUGCUUCUCAUCCUACGGACAUCGCCUAA